AAUAAAGCCGCAUGCCAGUACCUCUGUUCCCUCCAUCAUGCCCUCCAAACGCCCCGUGGCAUCCGGCUAUGCUCGAAUCGCCCAGGCAGAAGAGGAAGAGGAGGAGCGAGACUACUCCGAGAACGAGGAUGAUCCAUUCACCGACUCUCGAAUCGCGCUUUCCUCCCCAGGCGCCGACUAUGCCUCCUCACAGCCUCGCCGGCUCGAGACGAUGAGGACUUCGAGCAGUUCACAUAUACCUCAACGAAGACGAGCGAAUAGUAAAGUCGACAUCAAAGCGAUCAACGCGCGGCUAGAACGAUGGGCGGACGAGAUCAAAGAGAAGUUUACCCGCAGGAAGGUCAAGGGAAAGAGCACAGAGGAGGAGCAGUUGGAGAUUCAUCAUUCAGUCUUUCAGGCGCCGGACUGGAUUCGACCUGCGACGAAGGAGGUGCUGGAGAAUGGAUACGAGGACGGACCGGAAGCUAUGUCGAAGCUGGAAUUUGACGAUCUUGUUGAGAGCGUACGAGUAGCCAUUGAGCUGGGUCUGCACCCUACGUUGAUUGCACAAGGUAGUAGUGGGUCCUACUUUGCACGAAACAGUGGAGGGAAAGUGGUCGGUGUGUUCAAGCCAAAGGACGAGGAACCGUACGCGAGCAAGAAUCCGAAGUGGACGAAGUGGAUACACCGGAACUUGUUUCCGUUCGCAUUUGGUCGAGCAAUGCUCAUUCCGAACUUGAGCUAUGUCUCGGAAGCUGCUGCGUAUGUGCUGGACUGCCAACUACGGACCAACUUGGUGCCGUAUACAGACGUCAUCGGACUGAGCAGUAAGAGCUUUCACUACGACUGGAUAGACAGAAGGGCGUUCUAUCGGAAGAAGCGGCCGUUUCCAGAGAAGCUUGGGUCGUUGCAGGUGUUUCUCAAAGGGUACAAGGGCGCCACCGACUUCUUCAGGGAGCAUCCAUGGCCGGACCAACAGAGCGGCUUUCAAGAUGUUCCAUCACAGAAACGGGCGAAAGGGAGAUGGGAUAAUACAUGCAGACCAAGUCGAUCCAGUACGGCUCCCGCAGCCACUGGAGACUAUGACAGUGACGAUGAAGCGGAAGGAUUGGCAGGUGGUCGAGGCAGAAGACCGACAGAGUACUGGACAGAAGAGCUGCAACAGAGUUUCAGGGAGGAGUUGGAGAAGUUGGUAAUUUUGGAUUACAUCAUGCGAAAUACAGAUCGAGGAACAGACAAUUGGAUGAUCAGAGUGGAUAAGGGCGGAAACGUUUCGAUCGUCAAGGAGCCGCCAUCAGACGGUCAGGACGGAUACAAUCGAAGGGAAGAUACCAUGACGCCCGUUCCAGCAAAAGACGGAGGAGGCUCAAUACCACGGAUUGGCGCCAUCGAUAACAGUCUCUCCUGGCCUUGGAAGCAUCCAGAUGCCUGGCGAAGCUAUCCAUUCGGCUGGCUCUUCAUGCCCGUGAGCAUGAUCGGACGCCCCUUCUCAGAAAAGACCAAACGCCAUUUCCUACCUCUCCUCACAUCCAAAGAAUGGUGGAGUGACACUCAAAUCAAACUCCGCCGCUGCUUCGAAAUCGAUGCCGAUUUUCAAGAGAAAAUGUUCGCGCGGCAAAUGGCCGUCAUGAAAGGCCAGGCCUGGAAUGUCGUCGAGACCCUCAAGACUUCCGACCAUGGUCCACUCGAACUCACCCGUCGGAAUCGCGUGCAUGUCUGGGAUGACAUUGUCGACAUACCCGUCGCAGUUCAUCUCCCUCGAGCAUCGGAAGAGAUGCGGCGCCAUGCUGCGGCCAUGGAAGACGAAGAGAUGGACAUUUCAGGCGCGCAUCCCUCGCCAUCCAUUCCCAACGGCGACCUCCUCGGCUUGACCACUUCUUCCCUCCCAGCCGGCAACCCCAACCGCUUCAACAAUCCCCGCCACGACUCUGCCGACGACAACAUCGAUACGUCCUCCACAAUCAAAGAAUCUCUCGACCCCAACGACAUCGCAUCUCAAACCACACCUUCCAAACGCCCCACCGCCCGACGCUCCCAAACGAACCGCAGUCGAAUGAGCCAUGACCUCUCCCGCUCCACACCUUGGCAGCACUCCUCUUCGCAACCACGGAGUCGAAGAUUUAGUCUCAGUUUCGGCUCUUCAUCACGGAGAGCGAGUCUGGGGUACGACGAUGAUGGGGAUUUGGGCUAUGGUGCUGCGGCGACGAGUGAGGGAAGUAUGCGCAGAGUCAUUGUGGAGCGUCUGGAGGUUGUGAAGAGCAAGGCGCCGGUGUUCAGUUGGUGUUAG